AUAAAUCGAUCGGCCUCAAAGUGUUUAUAAAUCGAUCGGCCUCAAAGUCCUAACACUCCGAAAAGAAUGAAAAUGAAAAACUAUCGAAAAUGUGAAAAACAUCGAAAUAACUUAAAGGGUGAACAAAUUCCAGUAUAAUGGAAAAUUCAGCGAGCUACAGCUAUGCAAUUUAUACCAAUUUGUCACAGUGUACAUGACUAAAUUGUCAACAUAAGAGAAAAUAUUCUAAAUUUAAAUAAAUAAAAUAUCUAAGCUAAGGAUAACAAACAAAAUAAUGGAGCUACAAAGUCGAGGCAAGUGGGUGCAUAACCAAAUCAAUCGAUGGAAUGUCGCCUAUAGCUGGAUGGUCUAUGUAUAUAUUUUGUUUGGAUUACUUUCCGGUUUCGUGUGGAGCGAUCAAGUGGUACUGUUGGACACCACAAAGGAAGCGACGCUGGAAUGGACGAGAUAUCCGUAUGGGCCACAAGCACAGACGCCUGGGUGGGUAGAGGAAUCGUUUACAAAUUUUGGCAAAGGCAUAAACUGGCGAAGUUAUGUGGUAUGUGAUGUUGCAUAUCACAACGUUAACAAUUGGUUGUGGUCGCCAUUUAUUGACCGUGGGCCAGCUAAUCGACUGUACAUUGAAAUACAAUUUACGAUUCGAGAUUGUUCGCUAUUUCCGGGAAAUGCAUUGUCAUGCAAGGAGACAUUUAGUUUACUUUUUUACGAAUUUGAUGCAGCUACAAGAGAACCCCCACCUUGGCAACCGGAAAGUUACAAACUGAUUGCUCGGAUCGCUGCUGGUGAAGGUCGUUUCAAUCAGAACUCAGAUGUUGAUAUAAAUAGCGAAGUGAAAAGUAUUGCCGUAACGAAGAAAGGGGUGUACUUUGCCUUCCGAGAUCAAGGUGCCUGCAUCAGUGUGUUGGCUGUUAAAGUCUACUACAUCACCUGUCCAGCAGUUACCGAAAAUUUUGCUCAUUUCAAUGAAACUCCAACUGGCCGUGAAAUAACAAUUAUUGAACAGCAGACUGGUGUUUGUGUUGAGAACGCCGAGGCUAAUGAGCCUCCAACGUACUUAUGCAAAGGUGACGGUAAAUGGACUAUUCUGACAGGUGGAUGUAAGUGUAAGGUCGGCUAUGAGCCCGAUUACGAAAAGCAGACAUGCAAUGUGUGCCCACCCGCUACAUUCCGUUCAUCUGAAGUUACAAAAUGCACAGCAUGUCCAUUGAACUCUAAAACAUCAAAAUCAGCAAGUGCUUCGUGUCCUUGCAAGGAAGGAUAUUAUCGUCAUCCUCGUGACGGCAAACAUAUGCCAUGUUAUCGACCACCUGGACCACCAACCAAUUUAACGCUUCUAUUUAUCGAUCAAACCAGCGCCAUUUUCUCGUGGAAUGCACCGAAACGAUUAUCGGAUGAACCGAUGGACAAGAAGUAUCGCAGUGACAUUGUGUUCAGAGUGAAAUGUCCCACCUGUAAUUCGAAUGCCGUUUUCAAUCCGUCGUCAGACACAUUUAACGAUACCAAGCUGACGUUGACGAAUCUGGAACCGGUGACAACCUACACGAUUCAGAUCCAUUCGUUGAACGGUGUCUCGUAUUCCGUUCAAUCGGAUUCGAACGAAACUUACGAUUCGACGUCAUCUGAUGACAAAUCUGGUCAACACCAUUCGUCGAAUACCAGUCCAUUGGAUGAGAGCUUAUUGAAGACAGAAUAUGCCGAAUACACAUUCACCACGGAGUCGGCAAUUUUGAGUACCGUCAUCAACAUACGAAUCGAUAGUGUCACCAGUAAAGAAGUGGAAUUAGCUUGGGACAAGCCCGCUCAUAGUGAUUCACCGAUCGAAUUUUACGAGGUGCGAUGGUUCCCCAAAUCCGAAUCGGACUCCAUCAACAAGACCACCUUUAGCACGAAAGAUUCGAAGGCGCGAAUCGACAAUUUAUUGGAGAAUACCGAGUAUGGAUUCCAGGUGCGAUGUAAGACGGUGAAUGGUUACGGUACCUACAGUAACAUUGUUUACACGCAAACACCACAGAGUGUCAGUCCAGUAUACGAUGAUUCUAUGCAAAUGCGAAUCGUUGCCGGUGCAACAGUUGCCGUUGUUAUUUUAUUGGUUCUUGUUAUUGUUGUAACCGUUCUGUUCUUGCGAUCGAAAAACCAAGACGAAUUGGAUAAGAAAACCAACAACCAUUUGCCAUUACCAAUGGAUUAUGCCAGCAACGAAGUUCAUGCCAUGGAUACAACACCGAUUGUGAAAACUAUUCAGAAUAACGUGACGACACCACUAUUCGGCACCAGUCGCAGCUACGUCGAUCCACACACGUAUGAGGAUCCGAAUCAGGCGAUUCGAGAAUUUGCUAGAGAAAUCGAUGCCAGUUACAUUACGAUCGAGGCAAUUAUUGGUGGCGGUGAAUUCGGAGAUGUGUGCCGUGGACGACUCAAAAUUCCACCGAAUUUCGUGCAGGACAUUGAUGUAGCAAUAAAGACACUGAAGCCGGGAUCGUCGGAGAAAGCUCGCUGUGAUUUCUUAACAGAAGCCUCGAUUAUGGGACAAUUUGAUCAUCCGAAUGUGAUUUAUCUGCAAGGCGUUGUCACACGGUCGAAUCCAGUUAUGAUCAUCACUGAAUACAUGGAAAAUGGCAGUUUGGAUACGUUCUUGCGAGCAAACGACGGUAAAUUCCAAACACUUCAAUUAAUUGGUAUGCUCCGUGGUAUUGCUAGUGGUAUGGCGUAUUUGAGUGAUAUGAACUAUGUUCAUCGAGAUCUGGCGGCACGCAAUGUUUUAGUGAAUUCACAAUUGAUUUGUAAAAUUGCCGACUUUGGUCUAUCUAGGGAAAUUGAAAAUGCGAGCGACGCAUACACAACAAGGGGUGGCAAAAUACCGGUAAGGUGGACAGCACCGGAAGCUAUCGCAUUCAGAAAGUUCACAUCCGCUUCAGACAUUUGGUCAUAUGGUGUGGUAUUGUGGGAGGUAUUGUCGUACGGUGAACGGCCAUAUUGGAACUGGUCGAAUCAGGAUGUGAUCAAAAGCAUUGAGAAGGGGUAUCGACUGCCCGCUCCAAUGGACUGUCCCGAAGCAUUAUACCAGUUAAUGUUAGACUGUUGGCAGAAGCAACGCACCCAUCGGCCUAGUUUUACCAGCAUCGUAUCCACAUUGGACAAUUUAGCCCGACAACCGCAAACAUUAUUAAAUACGAGAAACUCACCGGACAACGAUAGUACGCAAAUGAUUGAAGUACCACGGGGUCACAACAUAUUUAUUAGCACUGACAUGUGGCUUGAAAGCAUCAAAAUGUCUCGAUACUCGCAUCAUUUUAAAGAAGCAAAUUUGGUGACAGCUCAACAGGUAUCUCGCCUGACAGCUCAACAACUCUCCGACAUGGGUAUUACGUUAGUGGGUCAUCAGAAAAAAAUUCUUCAUCAAGCCAGACAGUUGGACACAAUAAUAUAGCAGUAUUUUUAGGAAACGAUCGUUCUAUUAGGUACUGAAUGGGAAGUGAAUCAUUGAUUUGAUUGUGUUUUGGAACAACAACAAAAAUGAAAAUUUUAAACGAAGAGGACAAACAAAAAAGAAAAAUCUUUUUGCCUAGAUGGUGAGACAAUUAUAUUCAUUAGCUUAAAUGAAAUUUAUUAAAAUUUGAGAUUUUAAUAUGCGAACAGAACAAAUUACAUAAACAAACAAAAAUUUAAUAAAAGAAAAUUUCUACUUAUAGUUAACACAGUGCUUUUUUAGCAAAAAUGAUGAAAAUACAAAAAAAAAUCGGAUGGUU